AGCAGUGAUUUACCCCAGCCAGGCCAGCGGGAGGAAGGAGGCGGAGAGAGAAGAACCGGCAGGCUCCGGCCUGGAUGUAAGAGCGGCGAUGGGCUGGCACCUCGGGACCGCGGUGGCGCUGGUCACCCUUCUGGUGUUGGUGGAAGUUAACAGUGAAUUUCGAAUCCAGGUCAGAGAUCCCAGCGCUAAGAAUGGCACCAUCAGGUGGCACUCCAUCAAGAGGCACAAGCGCGAGUGGAUCAAGUUCGCUGCGGCCUGCCGUGAAGGUGAAGACAACUCCAAGAGGAACCCCAUCGCCAAAAUUCAUUCAGAUUGUGCUGCAAACCAGCAAGUUACAUAUCGCAUCUCUGGAGUAGGAAUUGAUCAACCACCGUAUGGAGUCUUCAUUAUCAAUCAGAAAACUGGUGAAAUUAACAUCACAUCCAUAGUUGACCGAGAAGUCACCCCGUUUUUCAUUAUCUACUGCCGGGCUCUGAACUCACAGGGCCAGGAUUUAGAGAGGCCCCUGGAGCUCCGAGUGCGGGUACUGGAUAUAAACGACAACCCUCCAGUAUUUUCUAUGUCUAGUUUCCUAGGACAAAUAGAAGAAAAUUCUAAUGCAAAUACACUGGUGAUGAGACUCAAUGCGACCGAUGCAGACGAGCCCAAUAACCUGAACUCCAAAAUUGCCUUUAAGAUCAUCAGCCAGGAACCGUCUGACUCACCCAUGUUCAUCAUCAACAGAUACACUGGAGAAAUCCGGACAAUGAACAACUUUCUGGACAGAGAGCAAUACAGCCAAUAUUCCCUUGCUGUAAGAGGCUCAGACCGAGACGGCGGGGCGGACGGCAUGUCCGCAGAGUGUGAGUGCAGCAUCAAAAUCCUCGAUGUCAACGACAACAUCCCAUACCUGCAGCAGUCCUCGUAUGAACUAAAUAUCGAAGAAAACUCUCUGAACUCCAAUUUGCUCCAAAUCAGAGUCAUUGACUUGGAUGAGGAGUUUUCAGCUAACUGGAUGGCUGUCAUUUUCUUCAUCUCUGGAAACGAGGGGAAUUGGUUUGACAUAGAAAUGAACGAAAGAACAAACGUGGGGACUCUGAAGAUUGUUAAGGCCUUGGAUUAUGAAGCCAUGCAGAACCUGCAACUCAGUAUCGGUGUUAGAAAUAAAGCUGAAUUUCAUCAAUCAAUUAUGUCUCAAUAUAAGCUCACAGCAACAGCAAUCUCCGUGACUGUGUUAAAUGUAAUUGAAGGCUCAGUGUUCCGUCCAGGUUCAAAGACAUUCGUAGUAAAUAGUAAAAUGGGUCAGAAUUAUAAACUGGGAGAUUUCAUAGCUACUGACCUGGACACUAACGGACCUUCAACAAAAGUUAGAUACGUCAUGGGAAAUAAUCCAGCUGACCUGCUCUCUGUUGACUCAAAAACGGGCAUUAUUACUUUGAGAAAUCAAGUUACCAGAGAACAAUAUAAUAUGCUUAAUGGAAAAUACCAAGGAACAAUUCUAUCUAUAGAUGAUGAUCUUCAAAGAACUUGUACUGGUACAAUUAAUAUUGAUCUUGAAGAUUCUGACUGGCCAACUUCUGAAACCACUCCAAAAUAUAUCACUGACAAUGGGGCUGGCCCGGGUCCUGAGGUUACCACCGGUGAAUUCGGCACUGGUCCUGGUGACGUCAACACCGAAGACAUCAAUGGAGGCGGCGGCGGCGGCGGCGGCGGAGGCGGUGGAACAGAUGAGUAUAACAAAGAACCACUGGGCGUGCCCAUGUUUCCAGACAACGUGCAUUUUGGUCCUGCCGGCAUUGGACUGCUCAUCAUGGGAUUCCUGGUCCUAGGAUUGGUCCCAUUCUUGUUGAUCUGCUGUGACUGUGGAGGCGCCCCUGGGGGAGGAGCCGGCUUCGAGCCUGUUCCUGAAUGUUCAGAAGGGGCGAUCCAUCCGUGGGCCGUGGAAGGACCAGGGCCUGAGACUGGGAUCAUCACCACCAUCCCUGUGCCACAGAUGGUGCCCGGAGGCAUCCCAUGCAUUGACACUUCAGGGGUUUAUACAAAUGAGUAUGGUGGCAGAGAAAUGCAAGAGAUGGAAGGAGAAGAAAGGAUAACAGGAUUUGAACUAGCGGAUGGAGUUAAAUCAUCAGGAGGACCUGAGAUCUGUCAGGAAUAUUCUGGAACAUUAAGAAGAAAUUCUAUGAGGGAAUGUAGAGAAGGUCUGAACAUGGACUUUAUGGAAAGCUACUUCUGCCAGAAAGCAUAUGCGUAUGCCGAUGAAGACGAAGGACGCCCGUCCAAUGACUGUCUGCUCAUAUAUGACAUUGAAGGGGUGGGCUCCCCCGCUGGCUCUGUGGGCUGCUGUAGCUUCAUUGGAGAAGACUUCGAUGACAGUUGCUUGGACACAUUGGGGCCUAAGUUUAAGAAGCUGGCAGAUAUCAGCCUGGGGAAGAAUGUCGAAUCAUAUCCAGAUUUUGAUCUCCCUUGGCCUGAGAGCACUGAACCCAUUUACCCUCAGCAGGCAACAGAGCCCAUGGUUAGUGGCCACCCACCCAUCUCCCCACACUAUGGCACCACUACGGUCAUUUCUGAGAGUGCCUACCCCUCUGGGCCUGGUGUUCAGCAUCCCAUGUCUAUCCCUGACCCUCUGGGCUAUGGUAAUGUCACCGUGACUGAGUCUUAUACCACCUCCGGCACUCUGAAGCCCUCUGUCCACAUCCAUGAUAACCGGCAUGCCUCUAACGUGGUGGUGACAGAGAGGGUGGUCGGCCCAAUCUCUGGUGCCGAUUUGCAUGGAAUGCUAGAGAUGCCUGACUUAAGAGAGGGGUCAAACGUCAUAGUGACAGAAAGGGUAAUAGCACCAGGUUCAAGUCUACCCACCACGUUCACCAUCCCUGAUCCCAGAGAGUCUUCCAACGUGGUAGUGACAGAAAGGGUAAUAGCACCAGGUUCAAGUCUACCCACCACGUUGACCAUCCCUGAUCCCAGAGAGUCUUCCAAUGUGGUAGUGACAGAGAGGGUAAUCCGACCAACUUCUGGCAUGAUGGGCAGCUUCGGUCUGCACCCCGAGCUCUCCAAUGCCCACAAUGUAAUUGUGACCGAGAGGGUGGUUUCUGGCUCUGGCGCAACCGGAUUUAGUGGCCCAGCGGGGAUGAUUGGUGGCAGUGGCACAGUCGGCAGUGGCCUGGUUGGCAGUGAAGCUGGAAUGGGUGGUGGUGGCAUCGGGCUGAGCAGCCUGGGAGGAGGCGGGGGCCUGAGUAGCAGCAUGGCGGGGACGGCCACCAUCGGCCACAUGCGGAGCUCCUCUGACCAUCACUUUAGCCAGACCCUCGGAUCCACUUCCCCGAGCACAGCCCGAAGUCGAAUCACCAAGUACAGUACCGUGCAGUAUACUAAGUAGCCAAGGUCCCAGCACACUCCUUCUCAGGGAUUGACAGUUAGCUCCGAUUCCCACCACCAGAAAGCUGACAAGGGCAUCUGUGAUGCACAGCCAGGGGCUAAGGACAGUGUGGGCCAAAGUUUCCUCCAACCACCGGGAGGAAAAGAGAUGGACGCGGGUGGUUGGGCAAGAACUCUCCUUAGCAUGGGUACACGCUUUUCUUCUGUUAGUCCCAGAGGAAUCAGGGACAGCACUUUCUCUGCUCCUGUGUGGCCUGCAGUGCCUCUCCAGCAUGUGGGGGAAAUCCCACUCAGCCAGGUAGAAGCACUGGCCUUCACAUGCAGUUGGCGAACAUCUCUUGGUGUUUUUUGACUUGCUAUGUACUUCCUGCAACAUUUAAAAAGAACUGAACAUGCAAUGUGUGUUCACGUAUGUGGGAAGAGUUUGAAAGUUGUGCCAAAUACCCUGUCAAUUUCACAGAUAAUAUAAAUAAAAAUCCAACCACAUAUUCAGACCACGGUCAGCCAUUAAAGAAAAAUGAAUCUGGCAACCUAGCCAAGUCCACAAGCCACCAAGGGCUCCGACCUUAAUAGCUGCACCAGGUCCAGCAAACCGCCGAUCAGGGCAUGUUUCCUGGGAGGGAAUUCCAUAAGAGAGUGGCAACAGCGCGGGAUCCAUUUGGGGCCAACUGACCCAUCUGGUCUGAGUCUGAAUCUGGAGAUGGGGCUGCACCUAGAAUUCUUACGCCAAGGCUUUUCUGCUUGUAGUCUGUGUUUAGUGUAGACGCCAUAGUGACGCGUAUCACCUCCGGGUGAGUGUGCAGGGUUUCACACUCAGGCCUCCCCUUCCUGCUGCACCUCCGACUUCACUCGGGAAACUGCCCCGUGUGCUUCCCAGGCUGAAGCAGGUAACACGUGCCACGGGUGUCCUCUCUAGUGGCAGGUCACCUUCCCGGGAAGCAGACAGGAACUGCGCUGUAUUUUCAGAUUGUGUGUUCAGUUAAGUGUUAUUCAUUUAUAGUCAGCUCUCUACUAUACAGCUCCUCUGAGCUGCAUGAUUAAGCUUUGGGGGAAUUUUUUAAAGGUCUUCCUUAAAAAGUGUUUAGAACAUGUAAAAUGUUUACUGGGGAAAGUUAGAAUUGUUCAGUCAAGUAAUGCUGUACUGUUAGUUUGAAUUGAAUUUACUACUUUUUUGAACGACCCUCUGCUGCUAUUUUGAAGGGAUCAACUAGGAACUUUUAACAGAGUUGAUGAUAUUGUGUUAACACAAACGAAAUUGUACUAGGCAAUCGCAUUUCAUUACUCUAUCCCACUGCCAACUGAAUUUUCGCACUAGUGUAAACUUCACAUUUCUGAUUUGAUUCGUCAAUAUGUUCUUGGUUUAUAGAUGCUCCAAUUUAUAGAUUCCAAAUUAUAUCCUAUGGCAUAUUUUUCUAGCUUCAAAUUUUAAUAAUGUACAUUUCUGUGUGUUUGCUAUACAGUAUUAUCUGGUUAAAAGUCUGUAAAUAGAAUCAAAGCAUUGUUAGUCAGGAGUAAAUUUACCAUUGCAUGGUAAAGGAACUUUCUUCUCUUUUCUAAAUCCAGUGUCAAUAUGAGUUAAUUAAAGUAAAACUGGAUAUGACAACAUCUUAUAAGGAUUAUUACUCCCAAUUACUCAGGUUUCCCAAGGUGUUACAGAUCAAAGAAUACUUAACUUCCCACACUUCUCAAAGGGGGUUGGGGAAUUAACUAUUUUACCUAUAGCUGUUUUGCUCUAUGUUCUAGCAGAUAAUGUCAAUAUUUUCAAAGCCACAAUAUAUGUUUUAUUUGAACUCUGUUGACUGUAAAAUUGUGAUGUUCUGUAGCAUGCCAAACGCAGAGGUGUAAAUAAAGUCAUUCACAGCGAGUCUUUAUUUCAUUUUUUCCUGCAUUUGGGGGUUCUAUUAAUGAUGGGUAGUUUUUCCAGAAAUAAAGUCAAAGGGCAUUUAUUCAAAUAUGCUUGAGUAUACCUGGACCCAGGAGUUUGAAGAAAACAUAAUUAUUAAUCAAUUAUUAGUUAAUAAAUUAAAGGGAGUGAUCACAAGUAGUUGACUUGUUCCUUUGAUAGGACAUAUCAUUAAAAAAGUGUUUUCUUGAGACUCCUGGUAUCUUCAAGUAUGUUUUUCAGGUUGUCUAACAAAUGCCAUAGUGACCAUCUUUAAUAACUAUUGAUAUUAAGAUCCAUCAGUUACAUAAAACCAUGGGAAAUACAAGAAAAAAAAAUAGCAGUAUUAUUCACCAAUCUUUCAAUGUUUCAAAUUGGAUUGUUUUUAUUUUGGGGGGUUCUUUUUUAGGAUUACACAUUGAUAUUCUUUUUAUUCCUAAAUGUUUUAAAUUGCCUUUUAAGACCUCUCCCAUUCUAACAGUCCUUUGAAGGCAUGUUUUUUUUCAGUGAGCUGCCUUUUGGGGAGAAUUCUAGACUUCCCUUUAGGUGCUUUCUUCUGAGUCAUAGACUUAGGUCAUCCCAUAGACCUAAGUAGACUUUACUAUAUAAGGGAAUAAUCAUCAUUCAAAUCCACAUCGCAAGCUGGAGCUCAGAUCAAUUUGUCUUAACAAAAGAGAAGAAAUAAUGACUUAAAUGUUAUAUAUAUAUAUAUAGUUCAAAACAGCGUUUAAAGUUUACAAAGUACCUGACUUCUAAAGAGGCAAUCCUUGAGAACAAAAAUUAGUGCAUUAUAAAUAUUUAUUUAAUUAUUUAAUAUCAACCAAAAUACCAUCCUGAGCUAUUUUACAUUGAAUUCCAGAUAUAUCUGCUACGCAUCAUUAACCUCUAUUUCAGUUGCUUGAUCUAACUGUGUUUGCCUUGAAACAUUUAUA